AUGAGAGACGAUUUGAAUCAAAUUUGUCUAAUGUGAUUGUGUUUGUUCUACUCAGAUCGAUAAGUGCACCUCACUGGGAACUACCACUCCUGUCCUACUACCGACGAUAAAGAACACGCAGAUCAGCCUGCAGUGAGCGAAAUGGCAGAGUAUCAGCUUUCAUACGAAUCAGAAUUGGACACCUUCCAAUUAUACUACCGAUACAAUGAACCGCCCAAAGAAGACUGGCGCACCGUAGCCCUACGAGGUCCCGCUCUGCCAGCUCUUGGAAAUGCCCUAGCCGGCGCCAUGGGCUCCGCCGUAUCCAACGUCGCAACAUACCCGUUAAGCGUGAUCGUGGCAAGGUUACAAACCCAGAAGCAGAACCGCGCAAACAAGUCAGACAACGACGAGAAAGAAGAUAAGGAGGAUGAUGAGGAAGACACGAGCAUUAUCAGCGCGGCAAAAGAGAUCUACCAGAAAGGCGGGAUCAAGGCAUUCUACCCCGGUCUCGCGCAGGACACGGCCAAAACGGUAGCGGAUAAUUUCCUGUUUUUCCUGGCGUAUUCGUUCUUCCGACAGCGACGGAUCAGGGCUAGAUUCGGUGCGCAGCGUGCAAGGAGGCAUGCUAGUGUCGUUCUUCCGGUAUUAGAUGAGUUAACUAUUGGGGUUCUUGCAGGGUCGUUUUCGAAGUUGUUCACGACGCCGUUGGCGAAUAUCGUUACGAGGAAGCAAACUGCGGCGUCGAGUAAGAAUACGAGGGAGAUUGCAGCACAGAUCAGAUCUGAAAAGGGCAUCAAGGGGUUCUGGUCGGGGUAUUCGGCUACGUUGAUUCUCACGCUUAAUCCGUCGAUUACGUUCUUCUUGAACGAGUUCCUGAAGUAUACCUUCCUGUCCCGGGAGAAGCGCUCGAAACCAUCGCCAGCUACAACUUUCCUGCUUGCCGCUCUGAGUAAAGCAGCCGCCUCGUCGAUUACAUAUCCGUUCUCGAUGGCCAAGACCAGAGCCCAGGUAUCCGGCAACACUGGCACCAGCAAUGAAAAGACCACCGACAAACAAAGCACGCUUCUCACACUCCUUACACCCCAAAUCCUCAGAAACGUCAUCUCAAUCGCCCGCAUAGAAGGUCCCACAGCCCUCUACUCCGGCCUCCCCGGCGAAGUCUUCAAAGGCUUCUUCUCGCACGGCUUCACCAUGCUCGCCAAGGACGCUGUCUACUCCCUCAUUGUAAAAUCGUACUACCUCCUCCUCCUCGUCCUCCGCAAAUAUCCUACCCCAGAAGAACUCCUCGAGCGCGCACGCGAACAAAUGGAAGAAUACGCCGAGGUUGCGCGUGAGGGUGCGAAGGACUUCGCGGAGAAGGCUAAGAAUGGUGCUGAAGAUAUUGUUGAGAAAGCUAAGAACGGUGCUGAGGAGAUUCUGGAGUCGCAGCCGGGACAUGUUGCUGUUGAUGGGAGUUCGUAUGCUACGCCGGGGGGUAUUGAGGCGUCGUCUGGGCUUCCGAAUGAGACGGCUGAGUUGGUGGGGGAUUAUGUGGGAAGUGAUGAGUGAUUUGUUUGAUUUUAUAUGUUUUUUUUUUUUUUUUUUUUUUUUUUUUUUUUUUUUUUUUUU